AUGAACAACAACAAGUUAGACACGGCGGCAACCAUCUUGGCCCCGACCUAUGUUUUCGAGAUCCCCGACUUGUUGUGGGAAGCCCUGCAGGCGGCGGGCUCGCCGAACCUCGUUGUCGGCAACCGGCGCCUCGGCUGCGAAGGCAACAAGCCACUUGCUGGGAUCGGAGACAGAGUGAUGUCCUUGGUGAUCACCAAUGGGGCCUACGAUGAAAAUACCAGCAUCGGUGACACCAAUGCUCUGAUCCAGAGGUACGCGCGGAACGACCGCCUCGCUACUCUCUGUGACAGAGCUGGCUUGACUGGUUGCAUCGCGGGUAAUCCCGCACAACAGGGUGUCGUAUCCAGGCGCAUCAAAGCAACCACUGUGGAGGCCAUCAUCGGCGCGGUGUUCAAAGACAGUGGAGAUCUGAACGCUGCUGAACGGGUCAUGGUUCACCUUGGCAUCAUCCCACAGGCUUCGUUCAUGGACCGUAUCUUCUCACGUGGUAACGUACCAAUCCCGUCCCAAAGCUACAGAGCCAUGCUGCCGCAGACGCUUGUUGCUCUGGCCGCGGUCGCUUCCGCCGCGCCGCUCAAAGACUUCCACCGCGAAAAGAUCGAGGAUGAAUACGACUUCAUCAUCGCAGGAGGCGGAACCGCCGGCCUGGUCCUUGCGAACCGCCUCUCCGAGUCCGGCAAACAGCGGGUCCUCGUCCUCGAAGCGGGGCCGGCCCCCGACGUCGUCUCCGCCUACAAGGCCCCCGGCGGCAACCAGUUCCUCGGCGGCACUGCCAUCGACUGGUCCUUCUACACCACACCCCAAGAACACCUUGACGACCGUAUCCUGCGAUACCACCGCGGCCGCUGCCUUGGUGGCAGCAGCGUGACGAACGGCUUUUUCUACGGCCGCGGAAGCGCUUCAGUGUACGACGACUGGGUCAAGGUCGGGAACCCGGGGUGGGGGUGGGGCGACGUCUACCCUCUCUUCGUCAAGGGCACGACCUUCAACCCCCCAACAGACCACGAAGUCAAAGGCUUCGACGUCUCCUACAAGACAUGGGACCCUUCCGCCUACUCCGACGGGCCCCUACAGCUCGGCUUCCAGGGCUACGUCCCGCCCUCGGGCGUCGGCUUCAUCGAGGCCUCCUCGGAAGCCCUGCAGAUCCCCAUUGUCGAGGAUUACAACACGGGCAACAGCACCGGUGUCAAGCAGGGCACCGGGCACCUCGACUCUCGCUUCCACCGUAGCUCCAGCUACGACAGCUACCUCAAGCAGGCAAUCAACCGGACGAAUCUCGACGUUGUUUACUUUGCGCCCGUGUGGAAGAUCAGCUUCGACACCGAGGGCGAGAAGCCGAAGGCCACGGGCGUGGCUUUCAUGGAUCACCCCACGGGUGAGGUGCAUGAGGUCAAGGCCAAGAAGGAGGUUAUCGUGAGUUCGGGGGCUUUCAACUCGCCUCAGCUGCUCAUGGUCUCCGGCAUCGGACCGAAGAACCAACUAGAGAAGUUUGGCAUCGAACCAGUCCUAAUCAACGAGAACGUCGGUCAACAUCUCAACGACCACUCCGUCUUCUCCAUCAUGGCCCUCUCGACCCCGGAGUUCUCGACAACAGACAUGGCCGCGACCUACUCCGCACUGCGCGAAGCCCAGGAGGAGUUCCGCACGAACUUGACGGGUGAUUACACGGCGCCUUCGGGUAUCACGAACGCCUUCCAGAAGCUUUCCGAGGCGGAGCUCUUUGAAAUCGGCGCUGGGGAUGUCGUGACCGCCGGUCUCGCGAACCAGUCGCACGUCGAGUACCUCUUCGAAAGCGUCUUCUACCCCAGCGGCCCCACACCGUACUACACGCCGAAGGGCAACGAGACGUACAUCUCCCUGACGGCAUCCAGCAUGGUCGCGCUGUCGAGGGGCAACGUCACUCUGAGGUCGAACUCGAUGGCCGAGUUCCCUGUUAUCAACCCCAACUACUACGCCCACGAAGCAGACCGCAAAAUCGCCCUCGCAUCCUUCAAGUACCUCCGCAAGAUUCUCGCCCACCCGCGCAUGUCCGAGUACACCGUCGGCCCCGACCACGGCGAAGUCUCCCCGGGCGCCGCCGUGUCCGAGGACGACGAGGAGGCCGUGCUCGCCUACGUCCGACAGAACACGAUCCCGAACUGGCACGCGUCCGGGACGAACCAGAUGCUGCCGGAGGCGGACGGCGGGGUUGUCGACCCGCGGCUGAGGGUGUACGGGGUCGAGGGGCUGCGGGUGGUGGACUGCAGCAUCAUCCCGAUCCUGCCGGACGUCAACAUCGUUGCGUCAGUGUUUAUGAUUGGCGAGAAGGGGGCGGAGUUGAUUCGGGAGGAUUGGAGUGAUGUUUAG